CGCGUGGAUGGGGAAGAGGAGCCCGACCCGAGAGAGACGGAGAAACCCAAAUAACGGUACACUGCAGCAAACACGGAGCCCGCAUGUUAACCGUCCCGCCUCCAACCCGCUUCCCGUGAUGUUCACAUCUGAGCGGACGGACGCGGCGAGCGCGUUUUAAAAGCCGAGGGACGGCAGCGGUCCACCAUUGUGUGUGCGCAGAAAUUGGAAGAAUGGCCUGGAUGUGGAAGAGGAAGUCUCUUAUCGCCACCAGCCUGAUUGUGGUGGUUUCGCUCUUUGUGGUCGUGGUGAACUUCUCUCAGAUGCCAGACUUCGGUCAGACGUUCAGCAACCACUGGAUGUUCUCCAAGCAGUCAUACAAGGCUUUCAAGCCUCACCUGGGCUACGUCAGCAUCCCAAAACAGGAGCCAUUGAAGCUGAACUGCGAGCUGUGCAGCAUCGUGUCCAGCUCCGGUCAGAUGUUGGGCCAGGCUGCCGGCGCGCAGAUCGACCGCUCUCCCUGCAUCUGGCGCAUGAACAACGCUCCCACGCGAGGGUUUGACAACGACGUCGGGCGACGGACCACGCUCAGGGUCGUCUCUCACACCAGCGUGCCGCUGCUGCUGCAGAAGCCGCAGCACUUCUUCGGCCAGGGCAACGACACCGUGUACGUGGUGUGGGGGCCGCUGCGGAACAUGAGGAAGGACGGGAAGGGCAUCGUGUACAACAUGCUGCGGCAGGCGUCGGAGAACUACCCGCACGCUCGCAUCUACGCCACCACAGAGGACCGGAUGAACUACUGCGACAUGGUGUUCAAGAAGGAGACCGGGAAAGACAGGAUUCAGUCCGGAUCUUACCUGAGCACCGGCUGGUUCACGCUCAUCCUGGCCAUGGACAUGUGCAAAGAGAUCCAUAUCUACGGCAUGAUAAACGACACCUACUGCAAGACUGAGGGCUACAGGCAGGUUCCCUACCACUACUACGAGGCGGGCAGCCGGGACGAGUGUGCAGAGUACCAUCUGCACGAGAGCGCCCCCUACGGCGGACACCGCUUCAUCACAGAGAAGUCAGUUUUCGCCAAGUGGGCCAAAACCCACUCCAUCAAGUUCUUCAACCCUCCGUGGCAGCUGUCGUGACCCCGGCCGACCCUGACAAAAUUCACACUAAAACAAACACACACAUCAGUUUUCAGAUUUCUCCCCAUUUCUGUUAUUUCGUUCCCAUUUGGUUCUUCAGAAUUAAGUGAAAUCUGAAGACUAAACGUGGACGUGCAUCUUUCAUACCUUCGGCUUCUUGGAUUGUAUGUUUUCAGCAGACGAAUGUGGAACGCUCCCUGCUCUGCACUGGCAGAACCAAACAUUUGCGGCUCUGUGAGUCCAGCGAAGAAUGCCGCCUUGAUAGGAAAAGACAUUAUCUGGUGUUAACUCGUUUUGGAUUUGGGGGGAAGAACGCCAACUGGACGAUUUGUGUCGGCUUGGACGUCUCAUCAGCUUCUCUGCUGUUUCCCCUUGGAGUUUGCCUCCUGUAACAAGCUUCGUUCAUGCUUUCAUCUGCUGAAGGCAGAUGCUUUGUCAGUUUCAAUUUGCAUCGAUCCGUUUAAAGAAUCUUCAGCAAACAAGAUUGUUUCACAAAGCGAUCAAAAAUCAGGUUGUAGGUAAAGAUGUAAAUCAGCAUCGUUGUGUUUCAACCUGAAGAUGUCGGCUCCUUUUUCUUGCUAUAAUCCAGUGAAGCUAAAUUUCCUUGUGGUUUUGUUUUUAGUCUCUGGAGGGUUUGCUGAUUUACUGUGCCAAUGACAAUGUAAGCAGCACGGCACAGAGAGCGAGGUGCAAUUAGAGUCCAUCUCUCUGGAUGCAGUUUGUGUCCCUACAGAGGAGAAGAUUUAUGUGUGCAGUGAAACCAUUUGAAGUUAAUUGUAUCCCAUUAUCAUUUUGUGCCUGCCAUAUACUUUGCAGUUCAUUGUAUAGACAAAGAAGAAGAUGCAUUUGCUCUCUUUCUCUCAUCUUCUCCUCCAGCUUUGUGCCUCUUUGUGUAACACAUCUCCGUGUGGACUUUAUCCCUUUUGUCUCUGGGUGCAGCGCGCUCGACUCUCGCUCAGUAACUUCUCAUCGCAUCUGUUACAGGACGGUGAAGAAUAACCAGUGGGUCUCUGCUGGGGCCUGUGGGACCAGCGAUGACAACUGAAAAGAGUCAAAGACUUCUAAUUUAGGCAACUCAGAGGACAGUGAGAUACUUCUGCUCCAGCGUAAGCGGACAGGAUUGUCGUGGUUUGCAGGUCGGCUGUAGUCACAUGUGAAAACUGGGCUGAAAGUUUGUAACAAAAUGUGCAUUGUUAGCCUUUAGAGCUGCUGGACAAAAUCACUAUUAUAAUGUAUAAUGCUUAGCUAAUAAGGACCAAAAGUGACACAAUUCAGUACACAAGUACACUGCUUUUUAUGGCUUUUUAAAACCAUAAUCAUCAAACCUGCAAGAACUACAGGCUGAAAUACUCAAAGGGUGUUUUCACACCUGAUAGUCUGGUAGAUUCAGUCAAAUUGGAGACCAAAAUUGCAACAGAUUUGU